AUGACGGAGCUUAUGGACACUGUGAUCGAGAAGGUCGGCGGCAAGGAAUGUGAUGAUGUGAAGACUACUACUUUGAUCUUUGACGUCCACACGAGGGUGAGUGAGUUUAGCGGCCUGGCUCGCAUAGGAGAGCUCAUCCAGCAGGGUGAGCUCGCAAAUCUUCCUCAACCAUUACGUGUGCAGGAGCCACUCCCCCCAAAUGCUAAGAUGGGGGUCAUCAUUCACAACCUCGAGGACGGCACUAUAAACAUCAUCAAGACGAUGCAUUUCAGCUACAAAAUCGCUAUGACCCAUGCCAGGAAACUUUGCACCGGCGAUGUUUUUGUUCCUGUUUACAGAUCAGGGACAGGGCCUCGUGCUGUGCGCAAAGCCAUCCAGCAGUUGCUGCAAAGAUUACCCGGGUUCAGAGUUAUGUGGAACAAUGUCUCCGAGAAACAAGCUGGCAUUCGUCGGGCUCAGACCUCGCAGUGGGCACCGGAGGAUGAGGAGUUGCGCCGUGGCAUCGACUAUACCUCAAAUCCUAUCUCACUGCCGAACAGGAGCAGACGUGCA